CCUACGGGCUCUUCUACCGGAUUGACAUUCACGAAACAACGGAGCUACUCUUUCUUUUGGAGAUAUGAAGCCGAGGCAAUGGAGGCAUGCACCGUCUUGACUCGGUCUUGAUUCCUUUCGCAGCUAGAACUGCGCUCCCAUCACCACCGCCUCCCGAAGCCUCCUGAUAAUCUACCUAGGCAUCCAUGGAUCUUAAUUUUCAAUGCCGAUGCCGAGAUGGGGAGGGGACAAAGAUAUCAAGGAAUAAUACACCUCGCAUAACAGCUAUCAAACGCCACUGUUCCGCAUUUACGAAAUUUCUGUAUUUUCUAUCUUUUGUAUAUAUAUUCCUAUAGAGGUCGAAUCAAAUCUUCCUCUAAGCCUGCUUUGUGUCUUUACUUUUUCAAGUAUAUUCGCCUAUUCAAACCAUACAUACAUUAAGCAUUAAGCAUUCAGCAUUAAGCGUGUGUGUGUGUGCCGAAGUUAAGGGUAGAACGUAUACGUCCUCUUGCUUCAUCUUAUCCAUCACCACAUACUCACAAGCAUACCUACUAUACUACCCAGGAGGCAGUAGACUCACUUACAAUACCCGUGUACUACUACGUACAAAGCUACAUAAUACCUAUUUUCAAGCAAAUCAUAAUGUCGUUCAAACAACACUCCCGCCAGUAUGAUCUGGUAGUAUUCGGCGUAACUGGCUAUACUGGAAAGUUUGUUGCUGAGCACAUCACAACUCACUUCCCAACAGACCUGAAAUGGGCCAUUGCUGGCCGGUCUGCAGCAAAGCUCCAAAAUGUCAUCGACGAAUGCAAGGCUCUCAACCCUGAUCGCCAGUCUCCUGAAAUUGAAAUAUGCAGCCUCAACCAUACAGAACUCGGUGCUCUGGCCAAGAAGACAUUUGCAUUCAUUACGACAGUCGGCCCUUUCUCCUUAUACGGAGAAUAUGCUUUCAAGGCUUGCGCAGAAGCCGGAACACAUUACUUCGACUGCACGGGCGAAGCUGUCUGGCACAGUUCCAUGAUUGAAAAGUAUGAGGCAGUAGCGAGAGCUACAGGUGCUUGCUUGUUUCCACAAUCCGCUAUGGAAUCCGCGACGUCGGACCUUAUUACCUUCGCCAUGGCGUCCCGCAUCAAGACCGAAUUCUCGGCUCCAAUCGGUGACGUUAUAGUUGAAGUUCAUGAGAUACGUGGCGCACCUUCGGGUGGUACUCUUGCUACAGUGCUUUCACUCUGCGACGCUUUCCAUUGGAAGGAGAUCGCCAAGUCCCAUGUUCCGUACAAUAUGUCUCCUAUUCCUAACCCAAAAAAGACACCCAAACCAUCAUUACUUUCAAAGUUGACAGGCUUGUACCCGGUUCACAAUCUUGGCCUCUUAGCGACAUCCUUGACCUCAGGUACGAACUCGGCCGUCGUACAUCGUACGUGGGGCCUAUUCAACCAAGAGCCGUCCUUACAAAAGCAAUCUUACGGACCAAACUUCACGUAUCGGGAAUUCGCCAAGGUUAAGAAUCCCGUAAGAGGCGUGGUGAUGCAUUAUAGCUUUAUGAUUGGACGUCUUCUGAUCUUGUUCUGCCCGCCAUUCCGAAAAAUGCUGCGCAAGUUUGUCUCACAACCUGGUGAAGGUCCGAGCAAGGAAGACCAGGCAAAGGAGUACGUCCAAUUUCAGGGACUCGCAACUCCCGAUAUUCAACUGAAGACCGGCAAGCAAGUAUGGGCCAAGGCUGAAUACGCCGGUGGCAACUAUGGCCUCACUGCACUGCUUGUUAGUCAAGCCGCUUGUACGAUACUACAAGAUGAUAUCAAACUUCCAGGCGGUGUGUAUACACCUGCAUGUCUCGGCCAGGGUUACGUCGACCGUACCGGCGAAGCAGGCUUCAAAAUCGAGACGAUGGUCAUUGACGCAUGAGAGAGAACGAUUCACUCGAGUUUUAUGAUAUUUCCGAUUGGAGUAACGGUUGUUUUCUUAGUGAUAAUGCCAACCUCCCGACCUUGGGCUUCGGGAAAUGGAAAAAGGGGCUGAGAUGCAGUAAUGAAAGGAGAAGCAGGAAAUGUAUAGUGGGUAGUGGGGAGCUUAUGGGGAGUCAUACCAAACUACCUGGCUAGGUUGGGGACUUCCAAAGCCACUACAUCCAGCCUUGGAUCUGAUAACGACUUUUUGAAGUUGAAUGGGAGAAGGGAGUGUUAUGUUGAUGUUGAUGCCUUAAUCGUUAAUUCUAGUAUAAGUACCUUAUAUCAUUUAUGUACAUAAUAAUACACGAAGUAUGCAUUUAUGAGUAA